AUGCCUCAAUCAAGACAAUUGGGCCAAACCUUGGCAAAGGCUUUAGGUAUCAAGCUCGAUGAUCCCGAUACGGACAACGUGACUAGGGGAGAAUCGGUCUUUUCGACGCAUACUACAGACAGCUUUAUCGAGCAGCAGCCUACAAGUGCAGAAUGGAUAGCGGAGGUCACGCCCUCGGGGCAGGACAUGAUUAAUUACGUCAAAUCCCUAUUCCCAUUCCUGUCUUGGAUUGGAUUCUACAAUCUACAAUGGUUCCUCGGCGACCUUGUUGCAGGUAUAACCAUUGGUGCCGUUGUUGUCCCUCAAGGAAUGGCGUAUGCCAAGCUAGCCAACCUUCCAGUGCAGUUUGGGUUAUACUCCUCGUUUAUGGGCGUCCUGAUCUAUUGGUUUUUCGCUACUUCCAAAGAUAUUACCAUCGGGCCUGUUGCUGUUGUGUCUACCGUUACCGGUACUGUCGUUUCAAAAGCCAUUAAAGAAUACCCAGAGUACGCUGAUGAGCCUUGGGUCAUUGCAAGCGCCCUUGCUCUCAUAUCUGGCUGUAUCGUGCUUUUUAUCGGUUUGAUCCGAUGUGGAUGGAUCGUGGAGUUGAUACCUCUAGUAUCGCUUGCUGCAUUCAUGACCGGAUCUGCCAUCAACAUUGCGGCAGGGCAAGUCCCCACGCUUAUGGGCAUCUCCGGUUUCUCGACAAGGGAUUCGACGUACCUGGUGAUUAUCAACACACUGAAAAAUCUGGGCAAGACGGACUUGAACGCAGCUAUGGGCUUGACUGCUCUCACGAUGCUCUACUUGAUCCGAUUUUCCUGCGCAUGGGCAGCAAAGAAGUUUCCAAACCACCACAAGCUGUUUUUCUUCCUGUCAACAUUGAGGGCUGUGUUUGUCAUCUUGUUAUAUACCAUGAUCAGUUGGCUGGUUAACAUGCACCGUCGUUCAAAUCCAGCCUUUGCAAUCCUUAAGGAUGUCCCGCGAGGUUUUCAGCAUGCGGCUGUCCCAAAGAUCAGUACGAACAUUAUCCGCUCAUUUAUCAGCGAACUCCCUGCGACAGUAAUUGUUCUAUUAAUUGAACAUAUCGCCAUCUCGAAAUCUUUCGGUCGUGUCAACAACUACAUAAUCAACCCAUCGCAGGAGAUGGUUGCUAUUGGUGUGACUAAUGUCCUCGCGCCCUUCCUCGGAGGCUACCCAUCUACCGGAUCUUUUAGCCGUACUGCAAUUAAGUCGAAGGCAGGUGUACGAACUCCAUUCGCUGGCGUUAUUACGGCGGUUGUGGUCCUCUUAGCAAUCUACGCCCUUACCGCCGUGUUCUUUUAUAUCCCCUCCGCAUCUCUUGCUGCUGUUAUUAUCCAUGCUGUCGGAGACCUUAUCACAUCACCGAAUACGCUUUACAAGUUUUGGAGAAUCUCACCCAUUGAGGUUAUCAUCUUCUUUGUCGGUGUGUUCGUUACCAUAUUUUCGACCAUUGAAAAUGGAAUCUACGCGACAAUAUGCAUCUCUUUCGCUGUCUUUAUGUUCCGCGUCCUCAAAUCGCGCGGAAGAUUUCUCGGCAGAGUACAAGUGCAUUCCGUGCUUGGUGAUCACCUCAUCGGCAACGACAGCAACGUAAUGGGUGGAUAUGGAACGAUCGAUGUUGAUUCUGCCCCCUCUCCACCUACUCGCAACGUUUUCCUCCCAAUCGACCAUGGCGAUGGCUCUAACCCGCAAGUCGAGGUCGCCAGCCCCUACCCGGGUAUAUUUAUCUACCGUUUCUCAGAAGGAUUCAAUUAUCCCAGCGCUAGUCACACUUUAGACUACCUUACAAGUCACAUUUUCGCCAAUACACGUCGCAACAGAUCUAACGCGUACUCACGUCCUGGAGACCGACCGUGGAAUGAUCCUGGUCCAAAGAAAGGACAACAAGAACAAAACGACGAGCUACCGACUUUAAAGGCUAUCAUCUUCGACUUCAGCUCGGUUAAUAACGUCGAUGUAACAUCAGUGCAGCAGCUGAUCGACGUACGCAACCAGCUAGACCGCUACGCGGCUCCGGAACCGGUAGACUUCCACUUUGCCUGUAUCAACAACCGAUGGACGAAGCGCGGCCUCGUCUCCGCAGGCUUCGGAUACCCCACACCGCGCCCGGAACACGCGCGCUGGAAGUCUAUCUUCAGCGUCGCCGAGAUCGGCGGUUCGGAUUCCGCGGCGGCGGCAGCAGAGCUGGAAGCUAGUGAGAAGGAGGGUACCCUGCGGCCGACUAUUAGCAAGCCAGAUACCGACAUCAUGAGCCCGUCCCAGAACAGCCCCGGGCCAAGCAAAGCCUCGAGCAUAACGCAGUCGGCCUCAAAGAGCAAGGCGCCUGAAUUCGCCAGGACUAACGAGCCUAGAAAGGUCGUUGUUCACGGAUUGAACCGCCCGCUCUUCCACAUCGAUCUCACUAGCGCGCUGCAAAGCUCCAUCGCUAAUGUAAGGGCUAGAGAGGAGGUCGAGGCUGCGGGGGGACCGGAUAUCGGUGUUGACGUUUGA